AUCGAAGUGGCUGUUGCGUAUUAAAUAAGGUCAGUGAGUUUAUCUCGCGUCCUUGGCCGACCUUGGCGUCGCGAACGUCUUUUUCGAGUUUUCGACUAAUCGCUAAUUAGUCGCCUUUGUCGAUGAUGCACGCGGUCAGUUCUCGAUAACCCAAUUUUCUACGUCACCGGUGCGUAAAUAGAAAAUGCGGCGGAACGACGUCGUCACGACAGCCGCUCGCAACUUUCAUUUUUUUGUGAGUUCUCCUCGUUGGCGAUUAAUUUGUCGGACAUCAAAGGCCAUGUCCUGAAGAAAACUCGGCCGAACAAGCUCAACCGGAGGGGGUGAAACAGACGUCGACAGUUAUGGCAGAAACGCAAAGUCAACCGGUGGAGAACGGCGUCCAGUGGACGCUAGGGGACGUCGACGAGGAGACGGAAACGAGGGACGCCUUCCCCGAGAAUGGUCACGUCGAAUCGCAUCCGCCACCGGCACGCUCCGACGGGCAGGGUGGGAUUAAGCUGUCGAACGACGAGCAGACGACGCUCAAGGAAAAAAGGAAGAGAUUGACACCCAGCAUGUCGCAGGGGACGAUGAUGCAGAGUCGUUCCUACGAGAAGGACUUCACCGUCGCGACCCCCGAAGAAUUCGUCAAACGCUUCAAUGGAACCAAAGUUAUUAAUAAGGUACUAAUCGCGAACAACGGUAUCGCCGCCGUCAAAUGCAUGAGAUCGGUUCGCCGAUGGUCGUACGAGAUGUUCAAAUUCGAACGGUCCGUUCGGUUCGUCGUCAUGGUCACGCCCGAAGAUCUGAAGGCAAACGCGGAGUACAUCAAAAUGGCCGAUCACUACGUGCCGGUGCCCGGCGGUACCAAUAACAAUAAUUACGCCAACGUGGAGCUGAUAGUCGACAUCGCGAUCCGGUGUCGUGUUCAGGCCGUGUGGGCCGGAUGGGGGCACGCGUCCGAAAACCCCAAGCUGCCAGAUUUGCUUCACAAAAACAACAUCGCGUUCAUCGGGCCGCCCGAGAAGGCCAUGUGGGCGCUCGGCGACAAAAUCGCCUCGUCAAUCGUCGCACAAACCGCAGACAUCCCCACGCUACCGUGGUCCGGAUCAGAGCUCAAGGCCGAAUACACCGGUAAAAAAAUCAAGAUCUCCUCGGAGCUGUUCGCGAAGGGUUGCGUUCACUCGGUCGAGCAGGGUCUGGCAGCUACGCAGAAGAUCGGCUACCCGGUGAUGAUCAAGGCGUCGGAGGGAGGCGGAGGUAAAGGUAUCAGGAAGGUCGACUGCGCCGACGAUUUCCCGGCAGCUUUCCGGCAGGUCCAAGCGGAAGUGCCCGGUUCGCCAAUUUUCGUAAUGAAGCUCGCGAAGUGCGCGAGACAUUUGGAGGUUCAGCUGCUCGCCGAUCAGUACGGGAACGCGAUUUCGAUAUUCGGGCGCGACUGCUCGAUCCAGAGACGGCACCAGAAGAUUAUCGAGGAGGCGCCUGCGGUUAUCGCGGAGCCUUCCAUUUUUGAGGAGAUGGAGAAGGCCGCGGUUCGUUUAGCAAAAAUGGUUGGAUACGUAUCAGCCGGAACAGUGGAAUACUUAUACGACACCUCAGGUCACUAUUACUUCCUGGAGCUCAAUCCGCGUCUCCAAGUCGAGCAUCCCUGCACGGAGAUGGUCUCCGACGUAAACCUACCCGCCGCUCAGCUACAGAUCGCAAUGGGUCUACCCUUGCACUACAUCAAGGACAUUCGAUUAUUAUACGGGGAGUCGCCCUGGGGCCUGACGACCAUCGACUUCGAUCAACCGCUGCAGAAGCCUCAGCCUUGGGGUCACGUAAUCGCCGCGCGGAUAACGUCCGAAAAUCCCGACGAGGGUUUCAAGCCGAGCUCGGGCACCGUUCAGGAGUUAAAUUUCAGAUCGUCGAAGAACGUGUGGGGUUACUUCUCGGUGGCCGCGUCGGGCGGCCUGCACGAGUUCGCCGACUCGCAGUUCGGGCACUGCUUCUCGUGGGGGGAGAAUCGGGAGCAGGCGCGCGAAAAUCUAGUCAUCGCUUUGAAGGAGUUGUCGAUUCGAGGCGAUUUCCGCACGACGGUCGAGUACCUCAUCACCUUGCUCGAGACGAGCAGCUUCCAGGACAAUACCAUCGACACGGCUUGGUUGGAUAUUUUAAUCGCGGAGCGCGUCCAGGCCGAGAAACCAGACGUGAUGCUCGGGGUGAUCUGCGGGUCGCUACACAUCGCCGACAAGUGCAUCAGCGCAGCUUUCACCGAAUUUCAGAACUCCCUGGAGCGCGGUCAGAUUCAAUCGUCGAGCACGCUCACCAACACUGUCGACGUCGAGCUGAUACACGAGGGGAACAAGUACAAGGUGCAGGCGACGAAAAGCGGCCCGAACACGUACUUUCUAGUCAUGAACGGCUCGUUCAAGGAGAUCGAACUGCAUCGUCUUAGCGACGGAGGUAUCUUGCUGUCGGUCGACGGGGCGUCGUUCACCACGUACAUGAAGGAGGAGGUCGAUCGCUAUCGCAUCGUUAUCGGCAAUCAAACCUGCGUCUUCGAGAAGGAGAACGACCCGACGCUGCUUCGGUCGCCUUCGGCCGGGAAACUGAUCGGAUUUUUGGUCGAGGAUGGCGGCCACGUGUAUCGGGGGCAAGCAUUUGCUGAAAUUGAGGUUAUGAAAAUGGUCAUGACGCUAACCGCGGGCGAAGCCGGCACCGUCUCCUACAUUAAACGACCUGGUGCCGUUUUAGACGCCGGUUCGAUAAUCGCAACUUUAGAAUUAGACGACGCUUCGCUGGUGACGAAAGCGCAAUUGUACAAAGGUCCCUUCCCAGAGAUCGACGUGUCCACGCCGGUCGUUUCGCAGAAGAUGAACCACAUCCACAACUCGUACAAGACCAUUUUAGAAAACACUCUGGCCGGUUACUGCCUACCCGAUAAGUACAACGCUCCGCGGCUGCGCGAGGUAAUCGAAAAGUUCAUGGCGAGUCUGCGCGAUCCCAGCCUACCUCUGCUAGAGCUUCAGGAGGUGAUCUCCUCGACGUCGGGUCGGAUCCCGGCGGCCGUCGAGAAAAAGAUCCGUCGCCUAAUGUCGCUCUACGAACGAAACAUCACGUCGGUUCUCGCCCAAUUUCCCAGUCAGCAGAUCGCGAGCGUAAUCGACGGUCACGCCGCGAACAUGCAGAAGCGCGCGGAGAGAGACGGUUUCUUCCUCGCCACGGAGGGUAUAGUGCAGCUGGUGCAGCGGUACCGAAACGGCAUCCGCGGACGCAUGAAGGCCGCCGUCCAGGACUUGCUCAAACAAUACUACGACGUCGAAAGUCAAUUCCAACAGGGCAGCUACGACAAAAGCGUCACCGCGCUCCGUGAGAAGCACAAGGACGACAUGUCGAUCGUCAUGGCGACGAUAUUCUCGCACGCGCACGUCCCGAAGAAAAACAUGCUGAUCACAAUGCUCAUCGAUCACCUCUGGUCGAAGGAACCCGGCCUAACCGACGAACUCGCGACGAUCCUCAACGAGCUCACCUCGCUCAACAGAAGCGAACACUCGCGCGUGGCUCUACGCGCUCGACAGGUACUCAUCGCCGCCCACCAGCCCGCGUACGAACUACGCCACAACCAAAUGGAGAGCAUCUUCCUCUCGGCCACCGACAUGUACGGCUACGAAUUCCACCCGGAAAACCUUCAAAAACUCAUCGUCUCCGAAACCUCGAUCUUCGACAUCCUCCACGACUUCUUCUACCACGUCAACAAGUCGGUGUGCCACGCCGCCUUAGAAGUCUACGUCCGGCGCGCCUACACCAGCUACGACAUCACGUGCCUGCAGCAUUUGGAGUUGAGUUGCGAAGUGCCCUUGGUGCACAUACAGUUUUUGCUUCCGUCGACCCACCCGAACCGCCUGAUGCAGCUCGACGGUAUCCAGGAGCAGGCCGACGGCGACAAGCCGAAGCUCUUCGACACCUUCCAGCGGACCGGCUGCAUGGCGGCCUUCGAGAACUUCCAGCAGUUCGAGCAGUACGCCGACGAGAUCUUCGACCUGGUCGAGGACAUCGCGAGUCCCGCGACUAUCUCGGCGAAGGACAUUCAGGCGCUCGAGAGCGGGUCGGAGUCGCGCGGUAACAGCACCUCGAUCAACGUCAGCCUAUCGAUCGACGGAACGCGCGCGAAGCAGGAGGAGGAGAAGCUCUGCGAGCCGAUUCACAUACUGCACAUCGGCGUCAAGGACAAGGGCGACGUCGACGACUCGACGAUGGCGAAGAUCUUCGGGAACUUCUGCGCGCGCUACAAGGAGGAGCUGGAGAAGCGGCGCAUAAGGCGCAUCACGUUCACGCUGCUCCAGAAGAAGCAGUACCCGAAGUACUUCACCUAUCGCAAUCGGGACGGUUUCAGAGAGGAUCGCAUAUAUCGCCAUCUUGAGCCGGCGUGCGCGUUCCAGUUGGAGCUGAACCGCAUGCGCAGGACCUACAACUUGGAGGCGCUGCCGAUAUCGAAUCAGAAAAUGCACCUGUAUCUCGGAAAGGCGAAGGUCGCCCCUGGGCGAGAGGUAACCGACUAUCGUUUCUUUAUACGAUCGAUCAUUCGACACUCCGAUUUGAUCACCAAAGAGGCCUCGUUCGAAUAUUUGCAAAACGAGGGCGAACGUGCCUUGCUGGAGGCGAUGGACGAACUGGAGGUGGCCUUCUCGCAUCCGCACUCGCGUCACACCGACUGCAAUCACAUCUUCCUCAAUUUCAUACCGUCGGUCAUUAUGGAUCCGGUUAAGAUCGAGGAGGCGGUCACGAAUAUGGUGAUGCGUUACGGACCCCGCCUCUGGAAGCUGAGGGUGCUACAGGCCGAGCUCAAGAUGACGAUCCGAUCGUCGCCGAACUCGCCGACGCAAAACGUUCGUCUGUGCUUGGCGAACGACAGCGGCUAUUACCUGGACAUCAACACCUACACGGAAUCCGUCGAUCCGGAAACCGGUCUGGUGCGUUUCCAAGCGUACGGAACCAAGCAGGGUCCCAUGCACGGCCUGCCGAUCUCGACGCCGUACCUCGCGAAGGACUACCUCCAGCAGAAGCGCUUCCAGGCGCAACAAAACGGCACCACCUACGUCUACGACUUCCCCGACAUGUUCCGGCAGAUGGUCGACCUGCACUGGAAGCAGUACAUCCAGCAACGCUUAGCCGAGGAGAUUACGGUACCGGAAAAGCUGAUGGACUUCGUCGAGCUGGUGCUCGAUCCCGAAUCGGAGAAUCGCCUCUUGGAGCAAAAACGGGUGCCCGGAGAGAACAACGUGGCGAUGGUCGCGUGGCGGCUCACCCUUUACACGCCCGAGUAUCCCGACGGUCGCGACAUCAUCGUCAUCGCGAACGACAUCACCUACCUGAUCGGGUCGUUCGGCCCUCGCGAGGACAAAGUCUUUCUAUUGGCCAGCGAGAUGUCGCGCGCAAUGAAAAUUCCAAGGGUUUACAUCGCCGCGAACAGCGGUGCGCGUAUCGGUCUGGCGGAGGAGGUGAAGAGUCUCUUCAGGAUCGCGUGGGAGGACGCCAACGAGCCGGACCGCGGCUUUCGCUAUUUGUACGUCACGCCCGAGGACUACGCGAAGGUUAGCGCGACGAAUUCGCUUCGCGCCGUCCUGAUCGAGGACGAGGGCGAGUCGCGCUACAAGAUCACCGACAUUAUCGGCAAGGACGACGCUUUGGGCGUCGAAAAUUUGCGAUACGCCGGCAUGAUCGCCGGCGAGACGUCUCAGGCCUAUCGCGAGGUGGUCACCUUUUCGAUGGUGACGUGCAGGGCGAUCGGUAUCGGCUCGUACCUGGUACGGUUGGGACAGAGGAUAAUACAGAUCGAGAAUUCGCCCAUUAUUCUUACGGGUUACACUGCACUUAAUAAGCUUUUGGGACGCGAAGUUUACGCCUCCAACAAUCAACUGGGAGGCAUACAGAUCAUGCACAACAACGGCAUCUCCCACAAGACCGAUCAGACGGACCUAGACGGCAUUUACACGAUCUUAAACUGGCUGAGCUACGUUCCGAAGGACAAAAACUCGCCGGUCCCGAUGAUCAAACCGGUCGAUCCGAUCGACCGCGAGAUCGCGUACAUGCCGACCAAGGCGCCGUACAAUCCGAGGUGGAUGCUCGAGGGACGGAUGGUCUCGAACGGCAAGGACGGGAUGAUGUGGGAGAGCGGAUUUUUCGAUAGGAACUCGUGGGCGGAGAUCAUGGAGCCGUGGGCGCAGACCGUCGUCGUCGGCAGGGCCCGGCUCGGCGGUGUUCCGGUCGGCGUUAUCGCCGUCGAGACGCGUACCGUCGAGCUGACCCUCCCCGCCGAUCCGGCAAACUUUGACUCCGAGUCGAAGACGAUAUCGCAAGCCGGCCAGGUUUGGUUCCCGGAUUCCGCCUACAAGACUGCGCAGGCGAUCCAGGACUUUUCGAAGGAGGAUUUGCCACUGUUCAUCUUCGCGAACUGGCGUGGAUUUAGUGGAGGAAUGAAAGACAUGUACGAGCAGAUAAUGAAAUUCGGCGCGUACAUCGUCGACGCCCUACGCGAGUACAAGCAACCGGUCAUCAUCUACAUCCCGCCCAACGGCGAGCUACGAGGCGGCGCCUGGGCCGUCGUCGAUCCCACCAUCAACUUAAGAUACAUGGAGAUGUACGCCGAUCCCGAAUCGAGGGGCGGAGUUCUCGAGCCCGAGGGUAUAGUCGAAAUCAAAUUUCGCGAGAAGGAUCUGGUUAAGGUGAUGCACCGCGUCGACCCCGUCGUCAUGGCGUACAACGAGCAGAUCAAGCAGAUCAAUCAGAGUCAGCCGAUCGAGCUCGAGCGCAAGUCGAGCAUUAGCCAGCGCGGCGAGGUUAAGAAGUUGCCCGAGGUGGUCGAGCUGGAGAACAAGAUAGCGGAGCGCGUCCAGCUGCUGCUGCCGAUGUACCACCAGGUCUCGGUCCACUUCGCCGACCUGCACGAUACACCCGAACGAAUGCACGAGAAAGGAGUGAUUCAGGACAUAGUGCCUUGGCGGAAAGCGAGACGCAUCCUGUACUGGCGACUGCGAAGGCUCCUGCUUCAAGACGAAGUCGUCCGCGCGUUGCUGAACGUUCAGCCCGACGUCAGCGUGGGCCAAGCCGAGUCGAUGCUGCGGCGAUGGUUCGUCGAGGACAAGGGCGCGUCGGAGGCGUACCGGUGGGACGACAACGAGCUGGUGGUCGAGUGGCUGAGUUAUCACCAGAACAAGACGCCCGAUCAGUCGAUCAUCGCCUACAACAUUCACUGCGUGAAGAAAGACGCGGUCGUCAAUCAAAUCAGGCAAUCCCUAGAGGAUUGUCCGGAUGUUGCCUUAGACGCGGUCGUCGAAAUCGUUCAAAAACUGAGCGACAACCAAAAGGCCGAGGUUAUACGAAUUUUAUCCCAGCUAACCGACCACGCGAGCGAACAUUAACGCCAAAGCAUCUUCUUCGGGUGAUAGUCGUCGGGGAUAUUUGAAUCGGCGCGAGGGAGGCAUCGGUUCGAAUUUCUGCGCGAUUUGUCGUAAUUUAUUAUUUCUAGUUUAAUCGGACAAUACAGUCAUAAGCGAAGUUGGGUACGCAGCAAACGUUUUUAUAUUGCCUUUAUAUUUUUGAUAAAAUUUGCAAUAGAAAAUUCUGUUCGUCGUUUUCGUGUAUAUGAGAAAUUAGAGAUUGUUACAGUAGAUAAUAAAGUUAGUAUCCAUUUUAUUGUUAGUAAGUUAUUUUUUUGAAACUUGUUAAUAUUUUUUGUAUAAACGGUGGUUUUGUAUCGAGUA